CUGAUAUUUGAUUCCAGGGAUUGUUUAUUUCGUCUGUCAUUAGAUGAUCUAGCUCAAAUUGAAUUAGCUGAAUGGAAACCAGAAGAUCCAUCCAAAUGUAUGUUUAAAGGCCAAGCUCAGGAAGAUUGUCAUAAUUUUAUUCGAGUAUUAUUAUUACAUGAUGAGAUGAUAUUUACCUGUGGUACCAAUGCUUUCAAACCUCUUUGUCAAUGGAGAUACGCCAGUAAUUUAACAGCAAUCAACGGUACAGUUGAUGGUAGAGCUAAAUGUCCCUUUAAUCCUCAUCAUAAUGCUACAGCUCUAAUCACAGAUGAUGGUGAUCUUUAUACUGCUACUGCUGUAGACUUUGCUGCAACAGAUCCUUCUAUAAAUAGAAAUCUUGGUCCAUCUAAACCACUUCGUACUGUCAGAUCAAAUUCCAAAUGGCUCAAUGAACCUAAUUUUAUAUCAGUCUAUGAAAUAGAUGAUUUUAUUUAUUUUUUCUUCCGAGAAACUGCUGUUGAAUUUAUCAAUUGUGGGAAAAAAAUCUACUCCAGAGUAGCUCGUGUCUGUAAAAGUGACAAUGGAGGAAGAUUUCUAUUAGAAGAUAAUUGGACAUCAUUUCAAAAAGCCAGAAUCAAUUGUUCCAUUCCUGGUGAUUUUCCAUUUUAUUUCGAUGAAAUGCAGAGCACUUUUUACUCUGAAGACAAAGUCUAUGCCAUAUUAACUACCCCACCAAAUAGUAUUGCUGGUUCUGCUGUAUGUGUAUAUAAUUUAACUGCCUUCAAUACAGCGUUUACUGGUGAUUUUAAAUAUCAAGAGAAUGGCCAGUCAGCAUGGAUGAGACAUGACAAUCCUAAACCAAUGGAAAGGAGUGCAGGAAGUAGUAGUAAAAGAUCAUCAGAAAUGAGUGGUGAACCUCUGGUAGUUGCUCAACAAUAUCAACUGAUGAAUGAAGCUGUACAACCUGUUAAUAAGAAACCUCUACUAUUCGGUGAAAAAGAAAGAUGGACCCAUAUAGUAGUAGAUCAUGUUAUUGGUAAAGAAGAUAUUUAUGAUGUAGUGUUUCUAGCCACUGAAGAUGGGAAAAUUAAGAAAAUGAUCAGCUUACAUGACAACAAUCUAACUUGUUUAAUAGAGGAAAUUAAAAUUGUACCCAAUGGGGCCAAAAGACCUGUUAAGGCUAUGAAAAUCUCUUCUGAGAAGGGAGCAGUAUUCAUUUCAACUCAUGGUAAAAUUAUUAAAGUCCCUGUAGAGAGGUGUCAUAGAUUUACUGAUCCUGAUUUAUGUGUGAAUGCAAGAGAUCCAUAUUGUGGUUGGAACAGUAGAAUUAAUCAAUGUGCAGGUCCACCUGGAGGCAAUCCACAUGUUGAUUAUUGGAUACAACAUAUAGAAUCCUGUCCUAUUUUAAACUAUCCAGUGAAUGGUAAUUGGAGUGAUUGGGGAGAUUGGCAGGUGUGUCAACAAAUCAAUACAGAUAAAGAUGAUGAUGAUUGUAUGUGUAGAUCUAGAUAUUGUAAUAAACCUGAACCUUUAUUUGGUGGUCGACCAUGUCGUGGACCAAAUGUUGAAGUUACUAAUUGCACAGUCCAUGGUCAGUGGACUGAGUGGUCAUCAUGGUCAAGCUGUUCCAAAACAUGUGGCUUUGCAGUCAAAUACCGAACCAGACAUUGUGGUAAUCCUGCACCAAGAUAUGGAGGACGAAUCUGUAUAGGUGAUAAUACUGAGUCACAAUAUUGUGAAAAUCUGGAACCUUGUCCAGUUCCACCAAGACAUGGUAAAUGGUCUGUUUGGAGUGGUUGGAGUGCCUGCACUGCAAAUUGUAAUGGAGGAAUACAGAAUAGACGGAGGUUAUGUAAUGAUCCCCAGCCAGCUCAAGGGGGUACACCAUGUAUUGGUGAUAAACAAGAUUGGAGAAUGUGUAACUCUCAGACUUGUGAAGAGCAUACUAAAGUUACUAAAUGGACACCUUGGAUUAAAACCAACAUAACUGCGGCUGGUCAUCUCGAACAACGAUUUCGUUUCAGUUGUCGUGCUCCAGUUCUGGACAAAAACAUGAUCAAAUCAGACUUUGCCAAAGGUCAAACUCGAGUGUGCUUUGAUGGCAAAAGUGAUUGCUUGAAACCUCGUGAUUUUAAAGACACCAUAUCACCGAUAGACACAUACUCGUCAGUGCAUCGUGUGUUUAAAAAAUACUGUCGUUUCAGACGGAAACUGUUCAAAAAGUACUGUAAUUGCAGAACGCUAGGAGUGUUCCUGGUCUGUCAAAAAUGUGGAUAUGGAUGA